UAGCAGUCUGGGCCGCUGCAACGGCGAGUGCAGCGGAGGCAAGCCCUCGUCGUACUCCGCCCUGGCGCUGCUAAUUCGUGCGCGAACCGGCCCCUCGUCAACUUUGGUUGCUUGCCUCCCUUCUUCGCGGCCAGUGCCGUCGUCGCGACCGGACUUUCGGGCGGCCAGCAGCCCCCGUCGUGCUUCGGAGGUCAAGCGCUUUUUUGAAGGCGUCUGGUCGUCGCGAGCAGACGACGCGCCGCUACGUCGAUCUAUCUCUCUUUCCUGCCUGCGUGAACGUCGACUUGGUGGUGCGGAUGGCGAAAAUGACAGCUGACCCCAUUCAAGCCCCUUGUACGUAGCCGUGGCUGGCCUGCAGCGAUUAACAGUUCCCUAACACCACUUGAUCGAGUGGUGCGUGCGUGUCGCUCAGACCGGCACACCGAUGGGGCCAUGGCGGGCGGAGCAGCACAGCAGCAACGCAGGUGUUCGCUGAGCAAGCUGCGAGGCACUGCGCUGUGUGCCUUCAGCUUUGGCAGCUGGGGCAGUGGCAGUGGCGCUGGGGGUGUCUCGGGGCCCCCCGAACUGCAGCCAUCGCACGGAGGCAGCACCAACCUUCUCAGUGGCAGCUGGGUCUUCUACAGCGGAGGAGCUCCCUCCUCGCCUGUGGCCUCACUGCUACAGCCUGGAAAGGCAGUCGUCACCGUCGAUGCCUCUACCACACAGAUCCUGACGGCCAACAAGGCAGCCUGUGCCCUGUUGGGCGUUUUGAGCACGCAGGUCAGCAGCCGACGUCUGUCGGAAUUCCUAGCCAUGAAGAAGGGCCAGUACGCUCUCACCGAGGCCGACGUCGAUGCUGCCGGGGAGGUGGUUGUCAUAGCUGGCAAAGUGAUGGACCUCAUUGACAGUGAUGGGAAAGUGGUGCCAGUUUCGGUGUGGGUCCGUAAGCUUGAUUCCGACUCUGAGCCACGAUGCCUGGUCGUCAUGGAACCUGUGCAGCGAACGACUGCGGUGGUCACAUUUGACUCUGCCAAGGGGCAGAUAUUAACUGCAGACAAGAGCCUGGCUGCAUUGUGCGGGUAUUCAGAUGGUGCGGAACUUGAAGGAACACUCAUUACGGACAUUAUUCCUUCGCUUCUGCUGCCCACCUGUGAGGAUGGCGUGGUCAAGCUGGUACGCAAGCAGCAAGCAACGGGACGCACGCGAGAUGGCAGCACUUUUCCCCUGAGCAUUCUGCUCGAGCCCGUCUCCCCCGACGAUCAGGGCGACUCGAGCGUAUGCAACAGCCAGGCAGGCACCACCGCAGUCGACAGCAGCCCAGUAGCGCCCGUUGCAAGCGUGUACCGUGGAGUGGUGUGGGUGUUUGCCAACAUCAGCGGCAUGAUCACGGUGCUACCGGACGGCUCGAUACAUUCUUGCAACACAAACUUCUCCCUCAUGCUCUUCGGCUACACCCAGAACCAGCUUCAGGGAAAGCACAUCACUGUUGUGAUACCCACAUUCUAUGAUGACUUUGAGUACCUGGACACGGAUUCAGUUCCACUGCCCCCGUUGGACGACGACGAAGAAGACUCUAGGGCAUGUGCUUUCCUCGAUGAGCGACCUGAUUCAGACACCACAGAGCUGUGCCGGCCACUUAACCCACUUGGGAAACCCUUUUCUCCGAGGGGUGGUGGUCAAAGGCGAAGCCACGGUGGCAGCCGGAGCAGCUCCGUCGCCGGCGACGACCUUCCUCUGCGUUUGCAAGAUCUGAGCAUGACCGGUUCCGUCAUUGGCUCCAUUUCUGGUCGGUCGCUUGGCGUCUUUCAGAGGUCGACAUCAGCAGCCGAACCUUUGGCUCCAGUGCUUGGGCCCUCGGGAGAAGGCCAAGCGUCGAGUGCGUAUGGCGACCUCAACGGCAAUAACGUAGCAUCAUCCUCGGUAGACAGCCCGAGAAGAAUUCCUGGCUCAAGGCUGAAGAGCUCGCUGAGUGCUGAUGUCCUAGGCAGCCCAUUGCUUCGUGGCGAAGGUGAUGUCUCUGUUCUGACUUCGGCUGCCAAGAGCAAUCAGCAGCAGCAGCCGCCGCAACAGCAGCAACGCUUUGGUGCAACCGUAGAAGAUGAAAGUUCGCUAACUACAACACGCUCCCUGAAGGACCUUGCUGAAGAGGAGGAAGAGGCUGAGAAUGACUUGCUGCCAUUGGGCGAAACGAAGAUGCCGACAUCAGACAGCUUCCACUCUACGUCGACGAUGACAUCGAGCACAAUGCACAGUUCUGAGGAGAACACUCAGGAAGCGUCAUUCAGGCGCCACGACUCUCAUCCGUCCACAGCGUCUGGUGCCGACGGAGAAGAAGCUGCCAACGAACGUGCCUUCCAGGCAGAGCUAAAAACCUUCCGCAGCUGUGAUUCACUCCUCAGUAUUGCUGAGGGAUCUUACACGGGCCUUGGCAGGCAUCGAGAUGGCUCCCAUAUUGCCAUUGUGUACCAAAUCAGGAGGGUGGACCUGGAGGAAGGCUCAUCAAUCUACUGCCUCUGGGUGUCACGUGACCUCGAGGUGGACAGUUGCCCACCACAAUACCCUACUCCAUCCUCUCCACUUCGAUCCUUGACGCUCGGCUCAGUCAGCUCCGACACAGAGGCCUCUCGAGAGGACAUCAGUGAUCAUAUGGAGCACAAAGGCUCUGCCCAGCAUGAGGAGACUGCCGAGUCUGAGUACACAAGUGGACUUUAUGCUGAGCAUUACACAACCUUGCAGCAGAUCGGCAAGGGUGCUUAUGGAUGUGUCAAGAUGGCAUACCGCAACUCAGACCGCCUCCUUGUGAUCACCAAAUUCAUCCGUAAGAGCAAAGUAUAUGAAGAGAGCUGGGUGCACGACCAGAUGAUGGGGAGAGUGGUGCCCCUGGAAGUGAGCCUGCUUACAACGCUCAGCCACCCCAACAUUGUGCGGGUGUUGGACGUCUUCGAGAACAGCUCCCACUUCCAGAUGGUCAUGGAACGCCACGGGGCUGGCAUGGACCUUUUCGAGUUCAUUGACAGGGCACCUUGCCUUGAUGAGCCUCUCGCCUCGUACAUCUUCAGACAGGUGGUGAGUGCCCUGUCGUAUCUGCAUGGUCUGCACAUUCUUCAUCGUGACGUCAAGGAUGAAAAUAUCAUCAUCAACGAGCACUUCAAUGUGAAGCUCAUCGACUUUGGUUCUGCAGCGUUCAUGGCUCCUGACCGUCACUUUACCACAUUCUGUGGCACUGUGGAGUACUGCAGUCCUGAGGUCUUGCAGGGCAACCCAUAUGCAGGGCCCGAACUGGAGAUGUGGGCGUUGGGUGUGACAUUGUACACACUCAUAUUCGGGGAGAACCCUUUCUUUGACGUGGAGGAAACAAUCGCAGCAAUGCUCAAGCCACCCUAUGCAACUUCCAGAGAUCUUUGGGAGCUGAUUUCACGGCUCCUUCAUCCUGAACCGCGACAGCGCUGCACUCUGGCUGAGGCAGAACGCCACCCAUGGACUACCCAGCCUGUCUGCCCUGAGAGCUACCGCUUUGAGGACGUCGUCCAUGCCACCCCUGAGGAGAUAAACCCGUCCAAGUACUUCCAUCAAGACAGCCCGAUAUAUUUCAGCUGCAGCCUCUACGACCUUAGCAAAAGCGACGGUCCAUCUUCACGACACCGGAGCCUCAGCUGCGCCAGUUCCGUGACUGGCCAUGCGCACUCCCGUUGCUCCUCAACUCAUGAACAAGCUACAGCAUCUGCUGCCGCCCCAACACCCAGUGUGAUCUCGCUUGCUGGGCCAUGUGAGACGGCUGGCUCGGUAAUUGCCUCUGAAACAGCAGCUUACAGCACUGAAGACAUUUCAAGGGGACUGGAAGCCUGCUCUUAAGUUGCUUGUGUCAGGUGCCGAAAAAUGAUGCAUGGAAUACGAGUCAGCCUGCUUGCUACUUUAAAUUGAUCAUUUAGUUUACUUGCAAGAACUGACAGUUUCGUGCAGAGAGGCCAGCAUUGUCGUUGCUGCAGGAGCGACAUCUCCUAAUGGCAUCAGAGGACUGGAGGCAUGCUUUUGAGUUACCUGUAGGGCAUUCUGGAGAACAUUCGUUAAAUACUAGUGUUAUAAAUUCAUCUAUUGGUGCUGAUGCAUCUGCAAAGCUGAUUCUCAGUGGCACAUAGCCUGUGCAGCUGCUGGGACAGCUACUGCAUAGCUUCAAAAUGCCUUCUUAGUUGUAUUUCUGUGUCCUCCCUUUAUUUCAAACAAUCUUGAAAAAUGUGGAUAGCUUUUUUUACACAUCAUUGACUUAAAAAUUCACUGGCAUGUUUUUGUUGGUUUGUGCAUCUUUCAUGAGGCUCCCGAUUUGGUUUUAAUGAGAUUGCUUAAUCCAAGACAGCAGCAUUUCUUAAAAAUGUGCUGCACCCUUUGAUGUAAUAUUGUACCUCUAUGCUCACAGAAUAGAACGCAGCUGUGAAAUUGGAACACUUCAUUAGGGCAAUUACUCAAAAGUACCACAUCACGUUCCUGCAUAUGUUCCUGUAUAUCUGGUUGCUUAGGUGAUGCAGACAUAGAUCUAAAAGUAUAUGAGCUAAAAAUUAUGUCCAUGUUAUGCAAAGUACUGACUGUAAAUGACAGUCACCGCAUCAGUUAGCCCUAAAUUUACUUAUUUUAUUCUGUCAGCACCGUGUAUUAGAUUGGUUGACAUGUUUAGAUUCUGUUCUUCUAGUUCAGACCUAGUUGUGUUAAAAUUUUUUUCGGUCACACUGCAGCAGCGAAAUUGCGUAGCAAAGCCAAGCCUAUCAACUCUGACAAGAGCUAGAAGUUUUCAUACUUAAUUGUUACAAAAGGCUUGAAGCAUUGUCAAGCAAAUGUGAACUUGGAGAGUGUAGACGUCUGUGUUUUAAAUACUAGAGAAUGAGGCAGCUUGCCUACCAGGCAGCUGUAAUCAAUCUGCUGUUUGCGUAUCUCCCGACCGAACCUUGGCAUGCGAGUUUGUAGACAUUUCCAACUUUGUGCCAUUCGUCAGAACAUGCAACCAGGUAUCCGGUGCUUCUGUUUAGAAUUGCAAAAUGUGGAUGUUGGAAUGCACUGAAUUUUGUUUUCAGUUACGCUCUUCUUUUUCCGAGCUUUGUCUCAUAAAUUGAAUAUUUGUUCAACGUUAUACCACACUACACAAAAGUGAUGAUGCUACAGGUUUACUAUAUAAAUUUGGAGCAGCAUGAUUAGGUUCUAGAGACACGCCCAUCGGUAGUCAAGUGCUCUUUCUUCAUCCUAGUUGCACUCAAUACAAUACAAUGCCUAUUCCUUUGCUUUACAAUUUUCUGAAAAGUAAAUGCAAGGAAGAGAUAAAAUGUGGACCAAUCCAGACAGUUCAUCAUUUUAAUGGGUGCAGCAGUUGUUUUGAAAGUCCAGAAAGUUUACUUGUGACUUUCAUGUUCUUUACAUAAGUGACUGUAGGUGUUAGCCACACUGACACGUCCAUUCCAGGCUGAAGUCUAUACAAGCCUUGGUAUUGUUGCAAGUCAAAUUGAAUGCUUCUGCUUAUUUUUUAACAGGUUCGUGGAAAGAAAUAGUGUCUAAGUAUUUGUUGUGACGAAUUGUAAGCUAGCUAGUCGUUGACGAGGCACAAGAAGUUUAUCUUGUGAUAAGCACGGGCAAGUUGGACGGAAGUGUGUACAUAUCAGACAGCAGGUCCUUUGACUGCGAUGCUUAUUUUUGCUAGAUGGGUAGCCUAUAACUUUAGCAUUCCAAGUUAUUCCUUUUUUUUUUAGUGCUUCAUGGCCACAUAAUAUGGAGCAUUCAAUCAACACUCAAGUGUUGGACUACAUCAUAGGGUGCAUCUGCUUUGCACGUCAAAUACCGAUUCUUUUACUCUUUCAUCAUGCAAUUCUACACUUUAAGGUAUGCAUUCCUGCAUUUAGAUUUUCUGUGUGUGGCAAAAGUCUGCAAAUAUAUUUUAAAGCUCAGUUUUAGUAUAAUAGUUUGGCAUUCAAACAUAGCUUAGUUUCUGAAAACAAUAGUGUCGUGGCAUUUUUUGAAUCUUGAAAAUGUUGGCUGGUUAGGCAGCUCUUCAUUAUUUAGGUGAAGCUAGUUGCACAAGCAUAAGAGCAGCUUGCUUUUGCCUUCUUCUUGUAGCUGUGCUAGGUAGCUCGAAACAUGCUGAGGUCCACUGACGACACACCCUUGGUUGACACAUGGCAUUUCAAGUGACAAAAAGAUGUAACAUUGACAACUGAUCUUCAGCGAUAUAAACUUCUUUUAAAAAGCAGCUAUCCUGUACCAAAAUUGGCUGCGACAGCUGCUCGCAUUUUCACUUCACUUAUUUCCUGUUGUUUGAACCUGACUGUGGCAAAACAUUCCAUGUUUAUUCAGUCUCUGCAACCAGGCAUCCCCCACCCCUUACUUUUCUUUUAGUGGUUUCCUAGUUGAACCACUUGACACACACAUCAGGGCUGCUGUGAAUAAUGAAAUACCAGAUUCUGAAUGCAGUAAGUGAAGACAGUUGGAAAAAUUGCAUGCGUUCAAGCGUGCAUACGGUUUUAUGUUCCUUUCCUGUUUGACAUGGUCGCCGUAAGAAAAAGUGUAUUUUAAUGUAAGGAUUAUCAUUGAGGCAAAGAGUGUGGUAAAGUCCUGUUUGAGACUUGUACAUAUGUACGUACCGCGUGUAUUUAUUACUAUAAAUAAACACUAUAUUGUCAGAGCUCAGA